AUGGCGUUCAGUUUGCCCGCUUUUUCGUAUAUCGUGGCUUUAAUUGUAGAUGCUUUUUUAAUAUUUUUCGCAAUAUUUCAUGUUAUUGCAUUUGAUGAAUUAAAGACUGGUUAUAAAAAUCCUAUUGAACAAUGUAAUACUUUAAAUUUGCUUGUUAUUCCAGAAUAUGGAUUACAUAUUUUAAUCAACGUUUUAUUUUUAAUAAGUGGACAAUGGUUCUCAUUGCUCUUAAAUAUUCCACUAAUAGCAUAUCAUUUAUGGCAAUAUUAUCAUAGGCCUGUAAUGUCUAAACCAGGUCUUUAUGAUCCAACCAGUAUAAUGAGUGCUCAAGCUCUCAAGCUUCAUCAAAGGGAAGGUUGGAGUAAACUUGCAUUUUAUCUUUUAUCUUUCUUCUAUUAUCUGUAUGGAAUGAUCAGUUCACUGAUUCAUUGAGGGAGCCA